AUGACUGAAGCUGCCAGCGUUUACCCGUCCCUAGUGGACCGUCCCAUCAAGAACACAGUUGUUCUGUUCGAUGUUGACGAGACUCUCACGCCCGCAAGAAGACAUGCUUCCCCAGAGAUGCUCGAGCUGCUUUCUCGCUUGCGCCACAAGACCGCCAUUGGAUUCGUCGGUGGUUCGAACCUCGUGAAACAGCAAGAACAGCUCGGCUCCCCCAACGUCGAUGUUACCUCCCUCUUCGAUUUCUGCUUCUCCGAGAACGGUCUGACCGCAUUCCGCCUCGGCGAGUCGCUUGCCAGCAAUAACUUCAUCCAAUGGCUUGGAGAAGACAAGUACCAGGCUCUUGUUGACUUCGUCCUCAAGUUCAUUGCCAACACCAAGUUGCCUCGGAAGCGUGGUACUUUCGUUGAGUUCCGCAACGGAAUGGUCAACAUCAGCCCCGUUGGCCGCGCUGCUAGCGUCGAAGAACGUGAUGAGUUCGAAGCCUUUGACAAGAUCCACAAUGUCAGAAAGACACUGGUAGAGUCCCUGAAGAAGGAAUUCCCUGACUACGGUCUCACUUAUUCUAUUGGUGGCCAAAUCUCUUUCGACGUUUUCCCUACCGGUUGGGACAAGACCUAUUGCCUGCAGCACAUCGAGGCCGAGAAGGGCAUUUCCGGAAUCGAGUACAAGACCAUCCACUUCUUCGGCGACAAGACCUUUGUUGGAGGAAAUGAUUAUGAGAUCUACGAGGAUCCCCGGACCAUCGGACACUCUGUUCACGGGCCAGAGGAUACCAUUAAGCAGCUCAAGGAGCUGUUCGACCUAUAA